AUGCCCAGCGUCGCUAAGGAUCGACGCGAUUACCACAAACACCCGGAUUUCUACUUUCCAGAUGGUUCUGUGAUCCUGAUCAUCGAACGAACCUCGUUUAGGAUACACCAGACGGUUUUAUCGCGACACUCGGAUGUCUUCGCCGGGAUGUGGGAGGUUCCUCAGCCUUCCAGAGCUGAUCAUAUAGACGGGUGCCCAACGGUGGAGCUGACAGAUCGAGCAUGCGAUUUCACUGAUACCUUGAAGGCGAUUUACGAUUCCUUCCACUUCGACAGCAUCUCAGGAAGCUGUGACCUCGCCACACUCAUCACCUUCGUCUCGGGCAUCCUCCGCAUAAGCACCAAAUACAAUAUGGUCAAACUCCGCCGGAAAUGCAUCUCCCUCCUCUCUGAAAAAUUCCCCAGCACCCUCGCGGGAUGCGAUGCCGUCCUUGCACAACAAUACCAGUACGUCCCCUCUGCCAUUGUCCGAAUCAUUCCUUUGGCUCGGGACAACAACGUCCCAAGCAUCCUCCCUUGGGCAUACUACCUCUGUACCCAUAUCGCCAUGGAUGAUCUACUAGCGAACACGGUUCUAUCAUGGCAAGACAAAGCCUUGUGUCUGGUGGGGAAGGAACGGCUCUGGGAGGUUCAGAAAUCAGCGACGCACAGUAUGCUGUUUGAUUUCGCUCGUUCACCGCAAUGCGUGGUAGCGUGCGUGUCAAAGCUGCCUCUAAGGAUGAAUUGGCGCGAGGCCGAAAGUUUGAGGAUGAGCCCUCAUCCGCUGGAGCCCUAUUCGGAUUGGCAGGCCCUCCAUGUUUGUCAGAAGUGCGUGGCGGCUGCGGAGGUUCAGCAUAAAGCGGGGAGGGAAAAAGUUUGGGAACUCUUGCCUGGUUUCUUUCAGCUUGGGAGUUGGGCCGAUAUUCAUAAAGAUCAGGAUUGUUGA